AUGAUUUUACAACCAUGGUACAAUCUUAUUGUAUUUUUGUACUUGCUUAUACCAGCACAGGCUUCAAAAUAUUUAAAAGCCGAUUCUUUAUUAACAUGUAUGGAUAAUUCAAAGUUCACUGCAAACUACUUCGAUGUUAGAUUCUAUCCCGAUAACAACACUGCUGUGUUCGAUAUCGACGCUACCACCACUAUUAGUGAUAAAGUUGUCAUACACGUUGAGGUCAUUACGUAUGGCUUGAACGUUAUACAAAAAGAGUUCAACCUUUGCUCUCUAAAUGAGUCCGGUGUCUGUCCCUUAAGUCCAGGUUCUAUUGAUCUAAGUUCAAGUUAUACCAUAGAUUCUUCUGUAACAGGCCAAAUCCCAGGUAUUGCUUAUACUGUUCCUGAUUUGGAUGCGGAAGUUCGUGUCGUGGCAUACUCUAUCAACGAUACAACUCUCUCCACACCGUUAGCUUGUGUCCAAGCUAUCCUAUCAAACGGUAGGACUGUCCAGACAAAAUAUGCCGGUUGGCCUAUUGCUGCUAUCACAGGUGUAGGUAUCUUAGUCUCCGGUUUCGUCUCUACUAUUGGUUAUAGUACUACGGCUGCACAUAUUGCCUCAAAUUCAAUUUCAUUAUUCGUUUACUUCCAGAAUUUAGCCAUCACUUCAAUGAUGGGUGUCUCUCGAGUACCGCCAAUUGCUGCAGCAUGGGUCCAGAACUUCCAAUGGUCAAUGGGUAUCAUCUACACAAAUUUUAUGCAAAAAAUCUUCACUUGGUAUGUUCAAGCUACAGGCGGUACCUCCACUGUGGUAUUAAAGAAUAAAAGUAUUCUUUCCAUUAGUGUCCAAAAGAGAGCCUAUAUGUUAUUUAACGAAGCUUUAAUUAACAAAAGAUCCGUUUCCAUUGCUUCAAGUAGUGACGAUUAUAAUUUUGAUUCAUUAUUGGAUAAUUCCGCUUUGUAUACGACAAAUGAACGUAACAUUACAAAUUAUGAAUCGAAGAUCUUGAUUUUAAGAGGUAUUGAAAGAGUCGCUUAUAAGGCUAACAUUGAAUUAUCAAACCUAUUCCUUACUGGUGUGGUAUUCUUCCUAUUCUUCCUUUUCGUUUUAGUCAUCGCAUUAGUCACAUUCAAAUCUGUCUUGGAAUUAUUAACAAGAGCCAACGUUCUGAAGGAUACAACUAAUUUCUAUCAAUAUAGAAAACACUGGGGUUCUAUCAUCAAAGGUACUCUUUUCAGAUUAGCUGUCAUUGCAUUUCCCCAGAUAUCUCUACUAACAAUAUGGGAAUUUACUCAAGUGGAUUCACCAGCAAUUAUAGUUGAUGCUAUCGUCAUUUUUAUCAUAAUUUUUGUUUUAUUGGGUUACGGUACUACAAGAGUUUUCUUAAAGGGUAGGGAAUCAGUCAGGCUAUACAAGAAUCCUGCCUAUUUGUUAUAUGGUGACACACGUUUCUUAAACAGGUAUGGGUUCCUCUACGUCCAAUUCCAAGCUGACAAAUUCUGGUGGAUUGGGCCAUUACUUUGUUACUCAUUUUUAAGAUCUCUCUUCGUUGCCACUUUACAGACAAAGGGUAAAGCACAAGCAUUGAUUAUUUUCAUCAUUGAACUAUUCUAUUUCGGUUUCUUAUGUUGGCAAAAACCUUACUUGGAUAAGAGAACUAACAUUUUCAACAUCGCCAUCCAUUUGAUCAACUUGAUCAAUUCUCUUUUCUUCCUUUUCUUCAGUAAUCUAUUUGGUCAACCUGCCGUGGUCUCCUCUAUUAUGGCAGUUAUCUUAUUCGUUAUGAAUGCUGCAUUCGCUCUAUUUUUGCUAAUUUUCACAAUCGUCACAUGUACAUUAGCUUUAGUGCACAGAAAUCCAGAUGCACGUUACCAACCAAUGAAGGAUGAUCGUGUGUCCUUCAUACCAAAGGUAAUCAAUGGUGAAGGUAACACUGACUUUAAUAAAAAUAAAUCUGAACUUGAAUUAUUUGAAUUGAGACAAGCAGUGAUGGACACUAAUGAAACUGAACAAGAAAAGUUACUCCGUGAGGAGAAAUUUGCUAAUGGAGCUAAAAAGACCAUAUCAUUUGAUGAUGAAGUCAUGAGCUCGUAUACUACAAACGAUUCAAGCUCUACCUUCAACGUCAGAGGCGCUCCAAAUGCCAUAGUGCAGCCAGAGUCUACGUUGCUUGGUACUACAAAUAAUACCAUGUCAACGCCUACGAACACAGCCGGUUUGAAGUUUAACACAGAAUCAUCAUCAGAUCGAUUAAGAAAACCGGAAACAAGCUUUUAUAACGGUAAUUCAGGUCAUUCAUAUUCAAGAGAUUUUCUGUAA